AUGUUUCACUCAAAUCAAUAUAAAAUUAAAACACUUUCUGAAUGGAAAAGUCCAGCCGUUGAAUGUGAUAGAUUGAACUAUACGCGUACCAGAAUGAUAAAACCACUCAUAAAGUCCUUUUAUGAAUUCUUAUACAUUGAAACAGACGAUGAAUACUUGAACACACAAAUCAGACCCAUUAUAAUCAAUGCCUUUAAUAGAUUUGUAAUGACAACAAGACAAUCCACCUGGACAAAUUAUCAAGAAUACUGUUAUGCAAGAUGCAUGUGCACGCUUUUCGAACGCCUACUUGAUGGUAAUAUCGGAACUAUUGAAUGCAUUUCAGUAAUUCGAGAGCUUAAACAUUUGGCAACUACAUUGCAAAAAGAGUCGAAAAAUUGCAAUGAAUUUGAAUUUGACCUCUUCAGAUACUUGAUUGAUAUCAAGCACGAUAUUUAUGGUUACAAAAGCCAAAUCGAGGAAGAGAUUUCGAUAGCUGAACGUGAUAUUCGUGAGCAAAAGCAUUGUAGCAAAAUGCUGAUGAAAGUGCUGGGCAAUAAAACUAUCUGUACUCUUGCCGAUGGAAUAUCUGCCGAUCAAGUAAUAGAACAGGUUGUUUCUACAAUGGAAUUUGGAGUUGAUCUAUCAGUACAAAAUAUAAUCGAGUUGCGUCAAUUAAUUCGAACGGUAGGAUAUGUUGCUGAGGUGUUGGAGAAGCUUACAUUCAACCAGGAUGAAUUCGUCGAGUAUGCAUUUAACCAGUUUUGGACCGUUGAAUUAUCCAAUCUAAGUGUGUUAUUAAGCAUUUUCUCAUGCAGAGAGGAACAUACACUAUCACUUGAAGCAAACUUGGCAGAGAAAAUCCUGAAAGAAUGGAGGAAUGUGGUAAAUUUUUAUACCCUUCAUUUCAAUGGAAUGUUAAGUGAAUUUGCUGAUUGGAUAGAUCCUGAGAAUAAGUAA